AUGGAGCAGGGCUCAAAAGUAUUUCAAGAACAGACUCUCACUAAAGCCUCUUCAUGUGAAGCUGCUCUUCAGGAUGUAGUGCAUCAAACUGUCAUCAUAGUAAACAGCAAGAAAGUAGAAUGGGAAAGGAAGAUGAAAGCUUUCAAAGCACGGAUGGAUAUCCAGCAUCAAGAAUCAGCAAGUGCCCAAAGCAAACUGGAUCAAAAAGGUCAAGAGGUAUUUGAAAAUAUCAGAUCUGUAAAAAACAACUGGAAAAUGGCUCAGAAUUACGAAACUCAGCUUUGUGCACUUAAAUCUCAAUUUUUGAAGCUGACACGUAGUUAUAACAAGCUAUUAAAACAAAAAAAUCGUCAAAGUAGAGAAAUAAGUAAAGAAAGCCUAGAGACAUCAGUUCUUCUGAACAACUUAAAGAAGAAACUGGAGGAAUUUGAAGCAAAAUUGAGAGAAUGGGAUGAGGAAAAGACAAUCUUCCAAAAUCAUCUCAUGUGUUUAGAAGCUCAGCAAAAAUUAUUGUCUGAGAAAUGUGAUUUGUUUCAGAUAAGCAAUAAGGAACAAAACCAGGAAGAGAUUGUUAAAUAUGGCCAACCUGAAAGAGAAAAGGAUGGGUUAAUUGUUGAAAAGCUAACAGCAGCAGUUAAUGAAAUGACAAUAAGCAGGAAUAGAUUAGAAGAGGAAAAUCUGAAACUCUAUGAGGAUCUAAAAAUGUUCCAAAGCCAGUGCCAGUUCCCUAUCCACCGAAUUGUCCACCCUUCAAGCCUGUGUGUCUCCAAUUUAGAGAGAAGGUUGUGGUGGGUGACCUUGUCAAAGACCUUGCAGAAGGCCAGGCAUCGAUCAUCCUUUGUACAACUUACUGAGCAAUCAGAAAAUAAAAAUGCUGAUUUAUUACUACACGCACAAAGUCAACAAAGCCAACGAGAAGUGCUAAGCAAGUUCCCAGGGACUUCAUCUGACAGCUACAGCUUUUCAAAUAUAAUAGUGAGCAUCACAGCAACCACAUCAGCCAGCUCUCUCAGGACGCUGGGCUGCAUGUUGUCUGGCCCUAUGAACUUAACUUUCCAAAAUGAAGAUGAAAGGCAUGUGAAACUUCAACAGACUGCCAUAUUCGCAACCAGCGGAUACCAUAGAAACUGUAGUCCUACUUCACAAGGCCAAGGUUAUAUCAGUGGUUCCAAAAGCACUUUAUCUUAUCUUGACAGAGGUCAUGAAAUGGAACUAGAUGAUAAGUCUCCAUCACUAGCAACAGAGCAUCCUUUGUGUUUUGGUGGACUGCUUCCUGAAAAAGGCAGAACGGGCAUUUUAUUGAGCCGUGCUUACAAUGCAGAAGAAAUCAAAUUAUCACUAAGUAACUGUUUCUCUUCUUCUCCUGAGACAUCCUUCCCUGCAACAACACAGAAGUUCCUUCAAGAGGAAGAGAAACCUACCAAAGAGUUUGAAGAAUGUUUAAAUUCACACCUUGAAGAACUGUAAGGACUUUCUGAAAACAUGCUUCAAAAAUACACCGGGCUUCAGCAAAGCAAUUUCACAGAACGAAAUACUGAAUUACAGAUGACCUCAGUUUUGCUGCCGAUGCCUGUUUGGGACGUGGGGCUGCUGAAAGCCUUUGUGAGCUUUUUCACACCGAGUCACCAGGGAAAAGCCAGCGUUUCUUUGCAGAGUGAGACAAUUUCUCUCUGGAAACAUGAAAGCUCCAACUUCCCCAUGAGGCUGCUCCUCAGUGCCAGAGCUGCAGUGCCAGAAGUAGAUUCAGACCCCAAUGUUAGAUAUGAGGACAUUUAG